AUGGCGACGGAGACCGAGGCGGUGCAGGUCGAGGUGGUUCGGCCCGAGGGGUUGAUGGUGGUGACCUUGAAUCGGGAACGCAAGCGUAACGCGCUCAAUGAUGCCAUGUACAAGCGUCUUACGGCACUGCUGCGCCAGGCCGAUCGGACAGCCGAUAUUCAUGCCGUCGUGCUCACGGGGCGGGGCACUCACUUUUGCGCGGGUCAGGACUUGACGGCCGUUGACCCGGUGCAACGCGCGCAGAGCCGCUCCCGGGAUCUACCUGUUGGGCACUUCAUGGACGCCCUGAUACAGUUUCAAAAGCUCUUGGUGGCGGCAGUCAAUGGCCCUGCCAUCGGCAUUGGUGCUACGCUUCUGGCGCACUGUGAUCUUGUGAUCGCCCACCCCAGCGCCAGUGUCAGCACCCCGUUUGCCGCCCUCGGCGUCGUUCCCGAGCUGGGCUCAAGCUAUACUUUCCCGCGACGCCUCGGUAUCGAGGCUAGCACCCGCCUGCUUCUUCUUGGUGAAACCCUCUCAGCACAGGAAUGCUACCAGCGGGGUCUCUAUAGCCACGUCCUCGAGCCCGUGGACAACGAUACCGCACCACCACAGGCUUCCAACCAGGCCGCGACAGACGUACUCAACGCCACCCUGGCACUCUUACGCCGAGGCGCCGCUCGUGAUGCCCACCAAGGGGGCUCCUGGCUGCUUUACCGCGCCAUGUUGCUUCCCCCUGCAGAGCGCGCCCACCGUGCUCGGGCCGUCGCCACUGAACUGGACCACAUUGACAAACGCUUUCGGACCGGCGACAUGCAAGCCAUUUUGCAUCGCCUACAGGCCCGCCUGCUUCCUAGCAAGCUGUAG